AUGGAGCCUCGCCGGAAAAGCAUUUUCCUGGCUAGAGUUGCCGAGCAUCUUGACCGUUUCGACGACAUGGUUGAACACAUGACGGAUGCGGUGAAGGGUGGACCACAGCUGACACAAGAAGAGCGAAAUCUUCUUUCUGUUGCUUUCAAGAACGCUGUUAGUGCUCGACGGUGUGCUUUGGAGUUCGCACGCAGAGAUGAAGUGCGGGCGAAGUCAGAUCCGCCGGCCGGCGUUUACGUGCGAGAGUACAUGGACCAGGUGAGGGAUGAACUGGAGCAUCUUUGCCUCGCUGUGCUCCACCUGUUGGAUGGUUCGCUGAUCCCCGCUGCACCGGACUCGGAAUCGCUAGUCUUUUACAUUAAGAUGAAGGCCGACUACCACCGUCACAUGGCAACGUUCGGGCAAAGGGCAGCCUACGCACGUGAGAAAGCUCGACAAAGCUACCGCGAAGCAGAAUUGCUGGCAGUGAGGUUGUCCGUGAUUCAUCCCGUUCGGCUCGCCCUGGCACUGAACUACUCCAUUUUCUUGCGGGAGCUAAUGAAUGACGCGACAGCGGCGCGGUCAAAAGCGCGCAGCGCCUUCGACGGUGCCCUCACCGAGCUCGAAAGCCUGGAUUCGGAGGAGGACCACUACAAAGAUUCGACGCUGAUCUUGCAAUUGCUGCGAAUAGACCAGAUCUGCAGCAACGAGUGGUCGGCCUCUGCAUCGCGGACCAUCGAUGGAGACAAUCUGCGAUUGGCUGGUGUCCCACCUAUCCUUACCAUCCUUCUGGUCAUUUUCCUCUCGGCCAGUGCUGUGUACCAUGGCUGGAUACACCCUAUUGGCUUCUGGGAGCACGGUUCGACAGAACUGGUGCUCUUCAGCACAGAAGUGGCCUGCUUGCUGAUCAGUUACCUUGCCGCGGUGCUGCGCGGCCCAGGCUUCGUGCCGUUCGGGUGGUGCCCAACCGAGGAGGACAUCGGAUUUCGCUUCAAAUUCUAUGAAGGAGCCCAAGGUUCUGGCCUGUUCAGACUCCUCUGCGCGGCGAGCGCUCUGAGUCUUGCACUGCCUCCCCAGACCUUACUUUGCAAGUUCUUCGCACACGGCGCCGGAAACGGGUGUGUGAGGCAUGCCGGGGUGAUCCGGCACUGCAUCGACCGAGCGACCUUUAACAGAAUCGAGCAUGUCUGGGCUGUGAAAGCGCCCGGCGACGGUGCGUAUCGGCUGAGGCAGCUGCCCGAAGUACUCCCACUCUGCUAUGGAGCUGGUAGGAAAAGCAAACUCCAGAACUUCCAAAACGUCAUGACGGAAAGGAAUGGGGCCUGUGAGCCUGGUUUUAGCUUGCUGCUACUGGCGCCGAAUGUGACUUCCUCGAAUGUGCCACAAGACGUCCACGAUGCAGUCCAAGGCUUCGAGGGGUCCUUCACAGAGUAUGAGCUAGAGCUCGGCUACGAGAAUUUCGAUUACAAGGAAGUCUUGACGCAGUUGCUUCCAUCGAAUGUGGCCGUGCCCAUGGGUUACGAAGUGGUUGGACACAUUGCUCACUUCAACUUGCUCCCAGAGCAUUGGCCACAUCGCCAUGUCAUCGGCCAGGUUUUGUUGGACAAGGCCAGGAACGUGCGGACCGCCGUUGCAAAGCGGAGUGCGGUCACAGACGAAUUUCGCACGUUCGACAUGGAGGUAAUUGCUGGUGAAGCAGACACCGUCGUCGAAGUGACUGAGUUCGGACUCAAGCUCCAGUUCGACUUUCGGAAGGUCUACUGGAACUCCCGUCUGGCCAGCGAGCGCGGGCGCAUUCUCAAGGAGUGCCGGCAGGGUGAGGCUUUCAUCGACUUGGCCGGCGGCGUUGGGGCUUUGGCACUGCUUUGUGCAAGGAAGGGAUGCCACGUCGUGGUGAACGAUCUCAAUCCGGAAGCCGCCGCCGCUGCGAAACAGAAUGCUCAGAGGAAUCGAUUGAGCGUGGAUGUUCUUCAAAUGGAUGCCAGCCUUUUGCUCCGGAGCCUCCUCCGCGGAAACUGCGACCCGGGCCUUCCGGGCCUCAGCCCAGCUCUGCUCCAGGUCAACACCACUCGCCUCUGCUUCAAUCUGCCAGAACUUGCGUUGGAGCUGUUUUCAAGCGAGCUGCGGCCUCUCCUUUCAGACACUGGAGUCGAAGGCCUCUCAACGGCAGAGGAGGGCUUGCGCAGAUUCUGCGCGUACUGCUACACCUUCGACUACUCGGAGGAACAGGUUCUCAAGCGCUUAGAACACCUGCUCAACUACCUUCCACAAGCGACAAAGGUUCGCAAGGUGCGGCUUGUAGCCCCAAGGAAGAUUAUGUAUUGUGUCAAGCUCGAUUUUUAUCUGCGAGCAACCAACAGUGAGCUUUCGACAUUGCGGUCCUCCAUUGACCCGGCCGGGCUCCCCGUGGCCGUGGAGGCACCACCCGUCUCGGAUUUGCUCCAGUGGUGUGCCAGCUGCAAAGGCUACAAACCGCCCCGGGCACAUCACUGCUCUACCUGCGGUCGAUGUGUUCUUAGUAUGGAUCACCACUGCCCGUGGACCAACACAUGCGUGGGUCAAAUCAACAUGAAGCCUUUCGUCCAAUUCGUGCACUUCGUGCCUAUCGCGACCUUGCAUGCGUUGGGCGUGCACUCCGAACUGUUCAUUCUCCUGCUUUAUGGAUGGAAAAACUCACGCAAGUCCAUGGACUUCGUGAGGAUUGUCGUCCGACUUCGGAUUCUGCUGGGUCUGAUCGCCUGGUUCUGCUGUUUGGUGGUCAUGUUGUUGGUAGGCACACUUGCCUGGGAGAUGGAGCACACGGUGGUGGGCAACAUAAGCAUGAUCGAGGAGUAUGUCCUCGAGAAGGCAGAGAUGCGGCGGCGGAGAACUGGGGAGCGAAAAUUUGUGUACCCCUACGAUCUUGGCCGCAAGGAAAACUUUGCCGCCGUACUGGGUUCCAGCUUCUCUUGGCUUGUCCCCGGCCUGGCGACGCCAGGAGAGCCUGUUUGGCCACCGGUGCGGGCAGGUUGCACACAUUUCGACAUUAGCACAGAGCAGAUCGCCCAAAAGAUGGAAAAGCUCCAAAGGAGCAUGGUCAUGCCUGUGCGGGAGCACUUCACGGGAGAAGGACGGUGUUGCCUCAGCUACUGGUGCUGGAUUUGCUAUCGGUUUGGCUGCUGCGCGGUCUGCGAUUGCGAGGCCUGCGGUGAAGAGCGGCUCAGCGUGGAGCCGGGACAGGCCGUGCUAGUUUCCAAGUCUGAGGGCAGCUGGGCGCAUGGUCGUAAGAUGCCCGACGGAGGGCUGAAUGGCGCUGGCAUCACUGAUACUUCAGAUGUGCCGUUUGGCUGGCUACCUCGGAGGGUACUCGCAUCCUCGGAAGCGGUUCCCUACGAGAUCCCCUUCCAGAAAGAGCUUCAGGGCCACUGGGAGGCUGCGGAUGGCCGUGUGAUCGCCUUGCACAGGCACAGAGUGGAUGGAGCUGAGGCUGUCAAGAGCAUGGUCUCGUCAUGCUUCUGCUUUGAGGCAGACGAUGUGUCCAGCUGCCGAAGCUGGGAUCGCACGAGAACGCCGGACGCCUCGCCGCAAGAGAUCGUUGCAGGCGAGUACGAGCCUCCUGGCUUCACUGGCGUGGGAGGCUCUGCCACGAUGCACUUAGGCCAGAGCUUGAGGACCGGCAGAUCAGUUGCCGUCAAGACUAUCGCGAAGGAGACGAAAGCAGAGAGGGCAGCCGCCUUCGACGAGGCGGAGAUACUGCAAACGUUGGACCAUGAGAAGGUGAACAGACUGAUUCACGUCGACGAGGAUCAGUUCAACGUCUACCUCAUCCUCGAGUAUGCCGAAGGCGUUGACUUGAUGGAGAACCUUCUCGAACAUGGCCCGUUUGACGAGCAGCAGGCAGCCAACAUUAUGAGGCAAGUCUUGGAUGCCAUUUGCCACUGCCACACUCGUGGCAUCGUUCAUAGAGACCUGAAGCCGGAGAACAUCAUGGUCGCUAUGGCAGAUGGAGAAGCGAAGGUGACCGUGGUGGAUUUUGGAUUGGCGACCGCUGAGGGCACCUUGCUAGACGGAGGUGAACUUGAAGGCACUGGGCCUUACUUGGCUCCGGAAGCCAGACGUGAAGCGUUUGCCUGCAGUAGAGCGCUGGAUUCCUUUAGCCUGGGUGUCGUGCUUUUCGCGAUGCUUUCAGGUCGGUUGCCCAGCGCCGCCAGCCCCAGGCUGGCCAGCGCAGACUUUCUUCCGAACCUCACGUCAGGUGCCCGUGAUUUCCUAGCCCGGCUCUUGUACUCCGACCCGGCAGAGCGCUUGGGCGCUGCAGAGGCACUGAGCCACCCAUGGCUGGUGGCCUGGCGACAACCACUCCAGCGAGUGCGCACGCUUUUUUCUCGCUGGUGCCCGGUCUGUGUGCCCCUCUAUGCCCCUGUGCCCGAGGCUUGA